AUGGCCGGACCAGCCUCCUCCUCCAUGUUCACACGCCUCACGAGCGCGUAUAGGCUGUUGACGCUUCGAAGCGACAUUGACAACAUCAUCCUGGAAUUAUUGGGCCAGUUCUCGCUGGAGAGGAUAUACUGUGACGGCGACAAGGACACGUAUCAGCACCUGGUCAUCACGCUGUUGGCGCAACUGAACGUCAUAUUCCAUGUCCAGAGACUGUCGCUGCCGUCGGAGCUCCAGCAGGUCGGCUGGUAUUUGGGCUUUCUGGCAAGCUGGGAGGUGACGCUUCGCGCCAUGGAGUUUGUGCUGAAUGUGAUCGAUGAAGGGAGAGAAAGCCUCUGGGAGGCCCAGGCGCUGAGAGAUCAACACCUCCCCGAGUUGCUGCUGAACGCCCUCAGAUUUGCUACGCUUCAUCCCAAGACAUCAAAUCAACGCGCCAAAGACCGCCGCGAUCGAUUUGCGCGCAUCCACAGAUCUUUGGAGCGAGUUGUGGACAGUUAUCCAGGCCCUGGAUCCUUCCUCUUGUCGAUAUGUAAGGAGGUGACGGAUUCGCUUCGCACAGAUCCGGAUGGUCUUGGUCUCCCCCCACGGAUGAGAUCCGAAUUGCCAAAUUUGGCCACAGAAUUAUACCCGCUACCUGAGUGUCUUACAUCUCAGCACGUAGCCAAUCUCGUUUCCCAAGGUGGCUUGCCCGGCGACUGGCUUGCUCAGUUCAUGGCGCUUCGAGAUGUUUCCCAGUUCGUGGUUGGAGCCUCGGUUCAGUAUACCGUCAAGAGAGAGACGCGAGAUAUGAGGCUCCAGACUACCUCCGCCAGGACACGGAAUGCGGUAUUGCACGUUCUCGAAAUCAUCCGGACGCCCGCACAUAUCUCCAAAGUGGACCUGGUCUCGUACUUCAGCGACACAUUUCGAAUCAUCCUUCCGGAUACACUUUUGUUAACGAGGAGAGGCUCCUCAGAUGCCCUAGCUGAUGAGACCGAUAUUGACGCCAUAGACGCUCUUUGCACGAGGCUAUGCGAUCGGCAGGUUCUGAAUCGAGUGAGCGAUAGGGAAAUGAUGCAUAGCAUCUCACAGGUAUGUAAGAAAGUAGAAGUUCUACACGAUCCAAGUGGCCAAUUGAGGACGAAUCGGCCGAAGGUAUUUGUGGUGAAUUGUGAAGGAUGUCAUGUACUGGGAGAUGGUCAGCUCAAGGCGUCGGGCAAGCUGAAUCUAGCUCUGGAUACAAGAGAUGCAUCAGAAGUCUACCUCCCACUGAACUCCAAAUGUCUUGUCUGCGGAGAAGUGAUCAGCAUGAUGCGCGAAAUACCACUGGCGAGACAGACGUGGGAGCUUUUGAAGCCUCUGGAGUCGAAUGCCGACACUAUAAACGUGGAACGGCACUUGCCCACCCAGUUUCAAAUGGCCCCAAAAUUUGAUGCUAAUAUCCCUUACAAUCACGGAUGUGGGAACAUGUUCCGAGAAGGCAGGCAUCGAUCAUUCGAGCCUGGUGCAUCCAGCCCUCCACCAGGUCAUAUCCAGAUUCCACCAAGCUCCCCCGAUAGGACCAGAUCUAUGCCUGCUACAUUUCUUGUAUCUCCUAGCUCACCGGGGCUGGGUAGGAGACUGGAUACGCCGCGAACAGACUUUGCCCCAUCCGAAGAAUUAACUUCUAGCGACGGCGCAACAUACUUUGAUACGCCCGGCAUCUCACCAGAUCCUUCCCAAAAGCCGACCGCGGCCCCUAUGGAUACAAUCUCGCCACUUUCGCCAACUUUCACAGUUCCUGGAGGUAGCCAACCUCGAUUACACUCUAACUCGACAAUAUCGUUUGAGCCAGAAGCACUGCCGAGAAGUCGGACGGCUUCCUCGCCCGCGCUAGCAGAGAAAAGCAAGUCAAGAUCCUGGCGAUCGAAACUUACAUCUUCGAAGAAAGAAUGUUCAAAGGCGACUCCGGGAGACGUUAGUUCUAUAUCAUCGACAACCCUGGAGUCGCAGAAACUCGACGAGAUAUGCUUGAAAAAUCUGACCAGCUCGUCCAAGAUCUCGAGGGGUAAGAGCGGAAAGAACAUCAAUGUUGCAAUAUCACAGAACUCGUGUUACGUGCUUUUCUGGACACAGGCGUCCAUCAACAUAUGGGAUGUCAGCUCUUCCUCGCCUAUCCUCGGGCGAGCGGUCUUGACGGAAAGCAAUUGCGUUUUAGCAGCAGUUACGAAAGUCUACCUGGCAUAUAUUAUUGGCACCAGGGACCAGAAACUCACACUUCGAAUCGUGAAUCUAAUACAGCCCUCGGUCCCAAUGAUAGAAUACCGAAUGCCCUCUUCGCCUUGGUGUCACAGCAUUUGUAUCGACCCCAAGGAAAACCACGUCGUAGUCGGGUUUGACAAUUCCACCGUCCGCUUUUUCAGCACCGCCAGAUCCGAAGAACCCCGUGAAGAGCGUCUUCACAUCCGCAACCAUAGGGACUGCAGGCAAUGCCCUCCAAUCGAUACAUUAUCCUUCUCUAACGACGGACUGGUUCUCCUCGCCAGUACACGCGGCCCUAAGAACGGGAUCAUACAGAUAUACUCUUGGCGCUUCCCCUUCGAAGAGAGUCAGGAGCUCACCACAUGCCGCUACCACGUGCCGCUGCACGAAUCCGAGGAUAACGGCGUGUCAUCGGCCAUCUUCCGCUCUGGGGUGGGUGGCGAGGAGAACCUAGUCUGCAUCUCAACAUGGACGCAAUCCGGCGUCCCAGUCCUCGUCCAACCGCAAGGUGGUCAUCGCAGCGAGAUCAGAACCGACUCCUCCGCUCACCAAGGUAAGCUCGGUAGCAGGAUCCAAUGUGCGGCAUUCUCCCCCACCGGUAGCGAGCUGGCCAUGGUGAACGACAAAGGCCAUCUGUAUCACAUCUCCCACCUGAACGCGAAUCCGAUGGAAGUCAAGCGGAUCGCGACGUCGAAGGAGUUGACGACGAAAUCGAGUUUCUUCGCCAUGACCUUCAUGCGGCUGCUGGAUGAGGAUGCGGUAGUGAUGGCGUGGGCGGACUCGGGGAAGAGCAUGGGGUACGUCAAGAAAGUACCGGUGGGGUAUAGCGAUACAGCGACCCCGCGCACGACUCUGACACCCGGCUUCUUCCAUUCUCCUCGCUAUGAACUCCCCAGCGAAGGCAGAGAGAUUCCCAAGCCGCCGGUGGAGCUGAGCGUCACUGAGAUCCCGGCCCCGCUCCACAUUGUGAAGGGAUAUCCGAAAGAGAAGCCCUGA